UUUUUUUUUUUGCCCUGUUCAUUGUCUUUUGUCUCUCGUCAUCUUCCUCUUCUUUCUCCGUUUUUCCUUUCCCUUCUUCUUGUUCCUCCAUUGUCGAUGUCGUUGUUGUCGUCAGCUUCUUCUUGAUUGCGUCUCGACAUAUUGUUCUGAAAGGUACAUGUCACGUCAUUUCGAAAGCGUGUAUCCUUUUCUUUUCUUUUCUUUUUUUUUAAAUUUUUUUUUGGCAUCAAUUUGGCGGGAAAUGCUCAUCAUUUUUACUUUCUCCCUUCACUAUAUCUUCGUUUUGUUGGGGCGACACCCACUUUCUGCAAAGGAUAACCAAAUUACAUGUAGCGUUCUAGCCAGUUAUUUGAAAUCUGAAAUUCGAAAUCUGAAAACCGAAUUGCUUGAUUUUUUGCUCUUGAGCUUGUAAUUCUCAAAUUCUCAAUUCUAUACAAUCUCAAUGAUUCAAUCUCUCAAUUUCUCACUCAUAGGU